AUGAAGCUUUUCUGUGCGAUUGUUGGUGUGGCGGGUAGCGUUUUCUCCGUGCAAGUGGACGAGAGCGACUCAGUGGAUGACCUGAAGAAGGCGAUCAAGGAUCAGAGCGAUGGGUUAAUCACGGAUCCUUGGCCGAAGCUGCAGCUCUUCCUGGCGAAGAAGGAGAAAGGCGACGGGGCGUGGCUGGCGGAGAAAGACGUGAUGGAAGGUGUUAGCGACACGAGUGAGUUGAAGCCACUGGGAGUGGCGCGAGCGAGGCUACGGCUUGUGAAUUUGUCGGAUACGGAAGUUGGCGGAGUGGAUGGAGGAGAAGAAGCAGAAGGGGGAGGCCCUGUGAACGUGCUGGUGGUGGUACAAAGUCAUGUUGGCGUUGACAUUGGCGAAACCGGUUUCAGAGCGGUGAAAUAUAAGCGUACGUACUCUCACCCUAUUUGGAGACGCUGUUGCUAA